AUGGAGCGACAUAAGAAACUCGAAAGGGAGUCAUUAGGCAGAAACCCGUCGAGGGACAGGGAGCAGCAAGACAAGUCCUUGUCAGAGAGGCGAUCUAGGAGUGCUCAACCAAAAUCCAGAAGUUCAUCCAUGUCGGGCUCAUUUGCUAACCCGGAAAAUCGUGACAAUAAAGCGUUGAGCCCAUCUGGCAGGAAACAAACUGCCGCCAUUCGCCCCUUCAAUUCGGCUGAUGAUCGGGUCGUCAGAGCUGCAUACGAACACCCAACAGAAAAACGUCAUCCGCCAGCUAUUCCAAGUGCGAGCACCCCACUUAGGCGUUCAGUUCCUGGACGGAUGUCAGUCAGAGUGACAAGGAAAGAGAAGGAGAACACAGCCACGGACGAAGAUUGCAAUAGGAAUACUGCGAGGACAAUGAAGUAA